ACCGGCACCGUGUGCCCCGUCCCGCCCCCACGGCCCUCGGCCGCCGCGCGCCGCCCGCCCGCCCUCCUGCAGCGGCGAUGGCGAGGCCGGUGAGGAGGAACAAGAAAGUUGUCGAUUAUUCUCAAUUUGGGGAUUUGGACGAUGAUGAUGAAGACUUUGCAUGUAUAGCUGCACCUUCAAGCAAAAAAUCCAGAACACAGCUCAAGGAUCCAAAGAAGGACAAAAAAGAGAAGCAAAAAAAGCCACACAUAGAAUUGACUUUGUCACAAAAGCAGACACCUUGUAAAAGGAUAUCCUUGGAUGACAAACUUUAUCAAAGGGAUUUGGAAGUUGCCUUAGCCUUAUCCGUCAAAGAAAAAUCUGCAAAUAUCCUUGAGGUGCAAAAUUCAGAAGAACAAGGUAAGAAUAUUGAAUCAGAAAAUGUACACAGGAGACCCCCUUUUUCCAACUGCAGUGUAGACAGUGAACUUUUAGGUCUCAAUCAGGUUAUGGAUGACGAUGUACCCAGGGGUGAUGGUAGGCAAGGGAUAGCAGCAUCUAAAGUCUCAGCACAUCAGAAGAAGUUACUGACCAUUGACAGUGAUGAUGAAGGACAUGCUACUGACUCUGAGCCAGAGUCUGUACCUAGUGAGGAUUCAGAAGAAGAUUCAGAUUAUAGUGAAGGUGGUGAUGAAGACUUUGCUAUGGAAAAGAAAAAAGCCAAAGGAAAUAAAAAGAAAACCAGGCAAAAGAUGCCAGCUGAAAGAGAGAAGAAAAAUCUGAAGUCCAAGAUUAAUACUACAGCGUCGCCUGUAGUUUCUCCUUCACGGAUAAUGGAACAAAAAUCUGAGCCAACACAAACAAAGAUGUCCAGUUCUUCAGCACCAGUUGGGAGGCCUUUACAUACAUCAAGUCCUGUAACAGACAAGAAGCCUAAAUGGAUACCACCAGCUGCAUCGGGAAGCAGUAAUAACUCUAUGAAGUAUGUUUCGUUUAAGUCACCUCCUCAGUGUCUUAGACUCGGCCUCUCCAGACUAGCAAGAGUCAAACCAUUGCAUCCCAGUGCUACCAGCAGUUAAGUGGUCAGUGACAAGGUGCCACGUGAAGGAAAAGACUUUGGAAAGUGUUUUGCUUAUAAAUACACGGUGGGCAGCAAAAGCUUCUGUUUUGGAGGACUCUUGUUUAUGUACAUGUCUAAUACUAUAAUGAGUUUUUAUUCUGCAGAAUGCUAGGCAUCUUUAAGUGCUACUGAAUAAUAGUGUUAUUUAAUCGAGGUCACCAGCUCUUCAAUUUAGUAUAUUCAGAGAUGUGGGUUUGUGAUAAUUUUAAUUCUCUGAUAUCUAAACUCUUUGCAUUAAAAUAGUCUAGACAGCACUAUGUCAGUUACAGAAUUUGAUAUCUCAAAUGGUUUCUCAACACAAGUGAAAGUCACAGUUUAAAAAAUAAUUCUUGGAAGUGUUAAGUUAUCACUUUCCACCCCCUUCUUGGAAAGUUUGUCACCACUCUCAAAAUCUGUUAAUGUUUGCAUAUUUUAUUUGUAGAUUUUAAUGGAUUUUUAUGUAUUAUAGAUAAAAAUGUUUUUUAGAAUGUUGUAUUUUUUAAAAGCU